AUGCAUCGUCUUUUUGCUGAGCUGGAGCCAUCUUUAACCGUCACAGAGCAAAACCUGGCAGACCGAGUUCGGUAUAUCUUGCGCUCAAAUAUAUUUGAUGUCGCCGAACUCGAACGGCUACGACGUGAGGCUGUUCCCUCGUCGGAUGAGAAUGCUACGGCUGAGGAUGCGGCGCCACAAAUGGUAGAGCAACCCGCAAACGUGGAUGCCGCCGUGAAUACCCCAGUUGUGGUUGAUUCAAACGAUGAUGGAACAGUCGCCCAGGAACUGGAAUUAGAGCAUAUGAGGAGUACAUUGGAAGAGGCGAUUAUGGAAACGCGCAGUACGCCUCUCGAAAAUCGACCGCGACUUCCCCGCAUAGCCCUAAGCAAGCGAAAUCGGGCUGUCGUGAGGGCUCUGAACCCAAUGCUGGUGACCUAUUUGGAAGCCCGCCGGGACCUUUGCGAGACGCACUCAAUUCUUUUUGGCGCCGCGCUGGCAGUCUGCCGUAUCAUAGGCGCCAAGUUUUCUACGGCUGGACGCGCUACUGGCCAUAGUAGCGCUAUCCCAGCAUGGAGAAGAAGAAUUGAGGAACGUAUCGCAAAGGCUAGAGCUCUCAUCGGCAGACUGAUAUGCUUCAGAUCAGGCAACAACAGGCCAAGAAUUGUGCGCACCGUCAGGAUGGCGUUUGCUGGGACAAAUGUGAGUUUGUCCCAGCCGGAUAUAACGCAAAAACUGACGCGCGCGAUAGAUGAUCUGAAGCAGAGAAUCGCUGCUUGGGGAAAGCGGAUUCGGCGAUAUACCGAGAGGUCGACACGGUUCAACCAGAAUCGUCUCUUCCAGAGUGAUCAGAAGAGGCUCUAUGAAUCAUUGGAGCGACCAAUGGUAAGUGGAACGCGUCCAGCACCGAAUCAGGCCGACACAGUAGCAUUCUGGCGCGGCCUGUUGUCAGAGCCCGUAAACCACAGCGAGGGCCCUUGGACGGAAGUUGUGGCGAGUCAGUGUGCGGGUAUUACGCCCAUGGACCCCAUCAUCAUAACGCCGGAUGACGUAGCUGAGGCGGUCCGUAGGGCCCCGAACUGGAAAAGUCCGCGGCUUGACGGGCUGCAUCACUACUGGCUGAAGGAGUUCAUGGUGUGUCAUUCUGUGCUCGCCCGACAGUUUCAAGAGGCUCUCAAUCAGAAUUCGCUCCCAAGCCUCUUCACUACUGGGAUCACUCAUUUGGUUCCUAAAGAUCAGGAUGCCACAAACCCGAGCAAAUACCGCCCCAUUACGUGGCCGCUGCCUGGAGGUCGCCAGGGCGCGUCUGGAGCUGGCGCUGGACGCGACAGCAUGCGGGCCGCCAGCCAAGCGCGGGGUGUUGCAAGACCACCUAGCAGCCCCCCGCAUCCAUCAUCCCAACCAGAAGGCUUGGUGUCGGCUGGGUCUUCUCGGACUCAGCAAGCGGCAUCCGCCGCUGGUGGAGCACGUCGCAUGCGUUGGUCUAAAUCAAUGAAUGAAAACGCACUGCGGACGUAUUUUAGGGCAAAAGGGGAAGAAACUGGAUGUUUGGCGUAUCGGGCUCGGAUGCAUCGCUUUUUUGCAGAGAUGGAGCCAUCUCUAUCCGUCACUGAGCAAAACCUGGCAGACCGAGUUAGGUACAUCCUGCGCUCCAACAUAUUUGGUGACGCCGAAAUCGAGCGACUACGACGUGAGGCUAUUCCUUCCUCGAAUGGAAAUGCUACGGCUUGGAAUGCGGCGCCACUAGAUGCGCAACAAACUGCAUAUGUGGAUGCCGCCGUCAACAUUCCAUUUGUGGCUAAUUCAGACGAUGAUGGAAUAGUCUUCCACGAACUAGAGAAAAUAAGGAGCAUAUUGGAAGAGUCGAUGCUGGAAACGUGCAGCAUGCCUCUCGAGAAUCGACCGCAACUUCCCCGCAUACCCCUUAGCAAGCGAAAUCGGGCUGUCGUGCGGGCUCUUAACCCAAUGCUGGUGACAUAUUUGGAAGCCAGCCGGGACCUUUGCGAGACGAAUUCAAUUAUUUUUGGCGCCGCACUGGCAGUAUACCGUAUUAUUGGCGCCAAACUUCCCGUGGCUGGACGUGCUACUCAAAAAAGUAGCGCCAUCCCAGCCUGGAGAAAAAGAAUUGAGGACCGUAUCGCAAAGGCAAGGGCCCUUAUCGGCAGAUUGACAGGCUUCAGGUCGGGUAAUAAUAGACCGAGGAUUAUACUCACCGUUAGGAUGGCGUUUGCUGGGACAAAUAUCAGUUUGUUCCAACCGGAUAUCACGCAAAAACUAACGGAGCGUAUAGAUGACCUGAAGCAAAAAAUCGCUGCUUGGGAGAAGCGGAUUCGACGAUUUAGCGAGAGGUCAAGGCGGUUCAAACAGAAUCGUCUCUUCCAGAGUGAUCAGAAGAGGCUCUAUAAAUCAUUGGAGCGACCAGAGGUAUGUGGAGCGGGCCCAGGACCGGAUCAGGCCGACACUGUCGCAUUUUGGCGUGGCCUGUGGUCAUAG